AUGUUCAAGAUCCUUACAGCUCUUUUACAUCCCCCGAAACCGUCUGCCCUUGGCCUCGAUGGACUUACGGUUCUGCUCGUUGGAACAUCGACGGGUAUCGGACUCGGGGCAGCCAAGAAACUGGCCACAAAGGGUCCAGCCAAGUUGAUCAUCACCGCUCGAGAUGCCAGCAAAGCAUCCAAGACCAAGGCUCUCAUCGAGGAGCAUCUCGCGGCUACCUCUACCGCCCAAUCAUCGACAGCGACAAUCAUCUCUCUCACCGUAAAAUUGACAUCUCCAAAGUCCAUGUAUGUCUUUGCUGGCGACCUUGCCCAAGCGACCGACCAUCUCGACCACGCGAUCCUGAGCGCCGGCAUUCUGUUGGGCUCCUACAGCGAAAUUUCCGAGACGGGCUACGAGACAAGUUUCCAAGUCAACGCCAUCUCGCCGAUGCUCAUGUCGCUGCUCAUCAUGCCCUCACUUCUUGCUUCCUCUCGGAUCCACAACGAAUCGGCUGCCGAUAGACCUCGCCUGACGAUCGUCAGCUCAGGGGGGGCGUGGUUAGUGAGGAAGUCCAGCCUCUCGCCAUAUGUGGACUUUGACCAUCCUCUCCCAUCUGUCUGCCCAGGCGCCGUGAACUCGGAGCUAUCGCGACACUCUGCUAACAGCGGUGUACUAGGUGCCAUGGCCCGAGUUGUCAAUGGCACCGUAGCGCGGACGCCUGGGCAGGGCGCAAACAUUUACAUUUCGAGUUUGACCUUGGGGGUCGAGGGACGGGGAGAGAUGUGGACUGACGACGCCAUCUCCAAGGAUGCGCGCCCAUUUGUUGCGCCUGAUGAGCUAAAGCGGUUGGGCCAUCAUGUAUGGGGGGAGAUUAAGGAUUUUGCCAGCAAGGCAGAUGAGGUGCAUGGAUCUAGUGUUGUAAAGCGGCUGUUGGCAUAG